UUUACAUGCGGACACCAAAGCUGUCCGAGAAAAACAAAAGACUGAAAGCUGAAAAUAUCUCGAAAUUAUCAGACAACAAUGUUGUAAAUGGAGAAAUGUAUUUAUCACGGGCGUUAAUUUCUAGGAAUGUGUGAUCGUUUCCAUGACAUCAGAAAUACGGCCUGAGCUGCUUUCCUCUGCGUUAAGAUCUUCUCAUUUGAACAAAUGUGGCUAAAAUACUCUGUAAGAUUGGUCACGUUGUGAGGCUGCAGUUAUUUUUUUUUACAACCCAGGAAAUAUUCAUUGAUAAAAGAUGCGAGUUCUUUGCCGGUGAAGCCGUGCCUGGCGUGAUGUGCAUGUUGCCCAACACAUUGUAGAGGCGCAAAGCUUCAGUUUUCGUCGUUGAGAGACCUGCAGGUUUGGCUCCAGGAUGCCUGGGAUGGUGGUGUUCGGACGGCGGUGGGGGAUCGCCAGCGACGACCUGGUCUUCCCCGGCUGCUUUGAACUGGUCCUCCGUGUGCUCUGGUGGAUUGGCACCUUGAUCUUGUUCGUUUAUCACAAGGGACGGUUUGAUUGUAAUGGGAGAGGUGUUCUGCACAGCUAUCUGGUCGGACUGUUGGUUGUGCUGGCGCUCAUCAUCUUGUCACUAUGUGCCAUUGUCUAUAUCAGUGCCAGAGGCACCAUCACAAAUCCUGGCCCGCGGCGCUCCAUGCCUGCCCUGGUUUACCUGCGAGCCCUUCUGUACAUCCCAGAGCUGGUGUGGGCCUGUCUGGGAGCUGUCUGGGUGUCUGACGACAGCCGAGGUUGUGAUCCUGCCACAGUGUUUGCAGUCAUUUCUGCAGUGGUUGCCAGCUGGAUAAUCCUGCUCUUCACGGCAGUGGGGGUAGUUUUUGUCUUCGACCCGCUGGGAAACCCCCGUGCCCCUGCUGCUGGCUUGGAGCCGCUGGGAGUGCGAGACAUGGAGAGCAGUGAGGGCAGCCAGUUCCUGUCCACCGCUCGCUCGUUGGCCGUGAAAGUGUGGGAGAGCCGGCUGCGGCUCCUGUGCUGCUGCCUGCCGCAGGACGAGAGCCACAGGGCCGCCUUCUCCAGCAUCGCGCAGCUCUUCAGUAACUUUUUCUCUGACACAGACCUGGUUGCCAGUGACAUAGCAGCUGGUUUGGCUUUGCUGCACCAGGAGCAGGAUAAGAUGGAGCAGAGCAGAGACCCAGACACUGUCAAUAUUCACAGUCCGUCUUCUCCUAUUGGGCAAGAUUUGGAGAUGGAGUUGGAGAAAGCAGCCCACUGUAUGCAGUUUGCUGCAGCAGCUUAUGGCUGGCCGUUGUACAUCUAUUCCAACCCUUUUACUGGACCAUGCAAACUCAGCAAAGACUGUUGUCGCAGCCGCUCUGCUGAGUAUGACAUCGUCGGGGGAGACCACCUUGGCUGCCACUUCUCGUCAAUCCUACAGAUCACUGGUUUGCAGUACAGAGACUUUAUCCAUGUCAGCUUCCACAAUCAGAUCUAUGAAAUCCCCUUUUUUGUGGCUCUGGAUCAUAAGAGGGAGGCUGUUCUGGUGGCUGUCAGAGGAACACUUUCUCUGAAGGAUGCCCUGACAGACCUGUCUGCUGAAUGUGAGAACUUGCCCAUAGAAGGAGUGUCAGGAGCCUGCUACGCUCAUAAGGGCAUGUGUCAGGCGGCGGGUUACAUCUACAAGAAGCUGGUCAAUGAUGGCAUCCUGAACCAAGCAUUCUCCAUCGCACCGGAGUACAAACUUGUCAUCACUGGUCACAGUCUGGGCGCUGGCACCGCCUCGCUGUUGGCGAUCCUCUUGCGCAAUUCCUUCCCCACCCUGCAGUGCUACGCGUUCUCUCCACCAGGAGGCCUCCUGAGUAAAGCCUUAGCUGAUUACUCCAAGGACUUCGUGGUGUCAGUGGUGCUGGGGAAGGAUCUGGUCCCCAGACUAAGCAUUCCCAACAUGGAAGAUCUGAAGAGACGUAUACUUAAAAUGGUGUCAAACUGCAAUAAGCCCAAAUACCGCAUCCUGCUGCAGGGAUGCUGGUACGAGGUGUUCGGUGGGGACCCGGACGAUUUCCCCACCGAGAUGGACAACAGGAGGGAGCAGGAGCUCAGCCAGCCACUGCUGGGGGAAGAGUCACUGAUGAUUCGCCAUUCGUCGUCCUAUCAGAGCCUGGGAUCAGAUGACUCACCUGCCCACACCGCUACGCACUUGCCUCUCUUCCUGCCUGGACGGGUUCUGCACAUCACAGAAGACGGUCCAUCACGGAGAUCCUGUUUCUCCGAGGUUCGGUACCGUGCGGACUGGUCCAAUGAAAUGGCGUUCCGGAGUAUUAUGAUCAGCCCCAGGAUGCUUGCAGAUCACAUGCCCGACAUUGUGCUCCGAGCGCUCAACAGUCUGACUGCUGAUCGGCCUUUCACACUCUGUCCCUCGUCCUUAAACAACAGCCAGAACAAUACAAUCUGAGACGCACCGCGGAGGCCGACUCCUCGGGUCUCUGCUCCCAGACCCGACGACGUGUCGACCCAACUUCUGCUCAUGUCUGUGCUACUGGUCCAGCUAAAGCUGCUUCACUGGGACUGCGAGCCCAACCUCUUCCUGUAUGUUCUGGUCCCACGCAUGGUUUUGUUUUUCCUUUUUGCUAUAAAAAAUACAAACAUUUGAUUGUAAUAACGAUGGGAGAUGUGACUGUGGAGGUUUGCCUGUCGUAAUAGUCAGGAGUGACGCUGAGUCGGAAUUUGAGCACGGGAUUAAUUAAGUUGCACUUUUAACCAUUUGAAUAUGUAUUUUGAUUGUGAGUUACUCCGUGAGCAACUUUAUGCCAUGAUGUUUGAAUGUAUGUUGUGUACAAUAUUCGACAGUGGCGCAGAUGCAGAUGCUGUGAUGUUGGUGCGUCAUGUUUUGUGUCGUGCGAGUGGUUGUUGUGUGCUUGAACGAAGCCCCCCCCCCCGGUCGCCGAGAACCUGUGAUGGCUCUUCAAGAUGUCUGAAAAGUGGGCUGAUUGGCAGUACGAAGGUGUGAAUUGAAUUCACACUUUUGUUUGUGUAGAUGUAGUCGAUGUGUCUUGUGUUUAAUGCGUUCACAUCAGGGUUUUAAAUGGAGUCUAUGCAUUACAAGAGAACAAGGUGACAGCUUUACUUUACAGAUGAUUGAGUGCAGUGUUUUUACAGCAAAUUUACUUCUGCUUUUUCAAUUCUGUGUAGUAUUGGCACACAAACAUGAUAAAAAAGCUUUGUGCUCAUACAUUAUAUGGUUAUCUGUUUACUUGCCAAGAUUUGGGAUUUUUUUUAAAGUGAUCUAUGGAACUAAACAUUAAGUCAGCUGAUGCCUGCAUAUCUGUUUUGAACACUCAAAAGAAAUGCAUUUGACUCCUCGAUAAAAAUAAAAGCAUUUGUGGCAUACACACAUUUUCUUCCUUAUUUAAUUUACUAAAAUUAGAAACAUUUCUGAACUCAGUGGUAGCAAUAAGAAAAAAAACACAUUCAAGUAUAACGAGCCUAAAGUUUUUUUUGUAUUUUUGCUGUAGUGGACUGACUCAUGUAAGUAAACGGAGGGUGUAAGAAAUUAUGAAAUGUUUCUUGUGGGGACAAGUUAACUUCUU